CCCUUUUCACAUUUCUUCGAAACUGAAUCAAGCGUUUGAUUUUUUCUAGCUUAACCAGCUCUUGCAGGCCACAGCUUAAGAGCGAAACAAAAUGGUUGUCGCAGGCGGCAGAGAAGUUGAAUCACAUGCCUUCCCCAGUGAUGAUCGCGAAAGGGAAUUGAAAGCCUUUGAUGAUUCCAAAGCCGGCGUCAAGGGACUAUUCGACGCAGGAGUUACUAAGGUUCCUCGUAUGUUUGUCCAUGAGCACAACAUUCCUGUAGUGAAAUCCGGCAGUAGCAGUAAGCUUGAUUAUCGCGUUCCUGUGAUUGACAUGAGAGGUACUAACCAUUCCGAGAUUGUUAAUCAGGUACGCCAUGCAUGUGAAAACUGGGGAUUCUUUCAGGUAAUCAAUCAUGGAACACCAGAAGUUACACUAGGCAAUAUGCUGGAAGGGGUGCGCUUCUUUCACGAACAAGAAGCUGAGGCAAAAAGGAAAUACUAUAGCCGGGAUCUGGCCAAAAAAGUUGUGUAUCACAGCAACAUUGAUUUGUAUUAUUCAAAGGCAGCUGUAUGGAAAGAUACCAUUACUUUCAAAAUGGUUCCUUGUCCACCAGAACCUGAAGAAAUUCCCUUGGUUUGCAGGGAUGCAUCAAUUGAAUACUCGAAAUGCGGGAUGGAAUUGGCCCUUAUCCUGUUACGGUUGGUCUCAGAGGCUGCAGGACUCGAUGCUACGCUUCUUGAAAACAUUGGCUGUGCUGAUGGACUUGUGGUGAAGGGGCAUUACUAUCCACCUUGUCCUGAACCAGAACUGACUUUUGGUACUGCUGAUCAUACAGAUAAUGAUUUUCUGACCAUAAUCCUUCAAGAUGAACUUGGCGGCCUUCAAGUUUUACAUAAAGAUGAAUGGGUUGAUGUCUCUCCUUUGCCCGGUGCCUUAGUAAUUAACCUGGGAGACAUGCUUCAGAUUGUGACAAAUGAUAAAUUCAAAAGUGUUCGUCAUAGAGUACUCGCUAAUAAGAUCGGACCUAGAAUUUCGGUGGCAAGUUUCCUCAGGCCACAAUACGGUGAAGGGUAUGUUUCGCGACCAUAUGGACCUAUCAAGGAGCUAUUGUCAGAAGAAAACCCUCCAGUCUACAGGGAGACUACCAUUGAAGAGUAUACAAAAUGCUUCCUAAUGAAAGCCAUGGAUGGAAAUGCUGCAUUAUCACAUUUCAGGUCAUGAAAGAAAGUUAAAACUGGGUUGAUUGAGG